AUGAAGUUCCGAAAGUCUUGCAAAUCAGUUGCCAUCACGAAGGUCGAAGAGGAAGAAGCCAAUAGAGUUCUUGUGCAAAAUGUAGGUGACAAAAAAGAAGGAGCAAAUAAAGUUGGUGCAUUACGAAAUGUCGAAAAUGUAGAUGAUUUAAAAGGCGAGAUUAACGAGAUAAAAGUUGCUUCACAAACUAUCGAUGGCCCCGCGUCCUGCGAACAUGCACUUCAAGACAAUAGUAAUACUGUACAAGGGAACGUCAAACCGAACGAAAAUACAAAGAAUUACAGCACUGAUCCUGCUCUGUGGAAUUUAGAUAAUGAUCUAGUCAAUUAUUGGUUGAGAAAAGGAGCAGAUUUCGGUCGGAACAAUGACGGUAAAUUCAAGAAAUCGGCUCGUGAAUACAUUGACAGUGAAGGAAAAGUGAAAAUUCGAACCUUACAGCCAUCCUUGUUUCAAUGUGAGUUAAAAAAUGGUCAAAUAAUUGAAAGAGACUGGUUGAUCUACUCGCCAUCGAAUGGUUGUGUAUAUUGUUUUAUAUGUAGACUUUUUUCGAAUCAUCAAAGCAGCCAAUUUAGUUCAGUUGGUUUCAAUGACUGGAAAAAUGGCAUAAGACGCGUUAUCGAACAUAACGGCGGAAGUGAACAUAAAGAAUGUUUAAAUAUAUACGGGAAACGUAAAAAUACAGUUGGCUGUAUCGACAAUCAAAUUUGUCAACAAGCGGAGAAAGAAUUUGCGUACUGGAAAGAGUUAGUAGGUCAUUUGGUAAAAGCAAUCAAGUUUUUAGCUUCUAGAGGUCUUGCUUUCCGAGGAAAAAAUCAAACUAUAGGAUCAAAAAAAAAUGGGAAUUACUUGGGUUUAUUAGAAUUGAUGGGUGAUUAUAGUCCAUUUAUCAAAGAUCAUUUGAAGAAAUAUGGGAAUAAAGGUCAUGGGCAUACGUCAUAUUUAUCAGCGAAUAUUUGCGAGGAACUUAUUGAAUUGAUGGGUAUAAAAGUUUUUGAAUAUAUUUUAAAUGAACUGAGACAAGCGAAAUAUUAUUCUAUUAGUGUAGAUUCUACACCUGAUAACACGAAAAGAGAUCAACUCUCUUUUACCGUUCGAUAUGUCAACGAAAAAGGACCAAUAGAACGAUUUCUGAAAUUUAUAUCGAUUGAGAGUCAUAAAUCGGAGUAUUUAACUAAUACAGUUUUUGGAUUUUUGGAUGAAAACAGUGUAACUUUAGGUGAUUGCCGUGGUCAGUCAUACGACAACGCAACAAAUAUGUCUGGCCAAUACACAGGACUGCAAGCUCGAAUUAAAGAAGCCAAUAAAUAUGCUGAGUAUUGCCCAUGUGCAGGGCAUUUUUUGAAUUUAGUAGGAUUUUCAGCAGCGCAGUGUUCUACUAACAGGUGGCAAAAAUUGAAAGAAGCUUUAGAUGUUUUAGAAACUGUGUUGAAGGUUCUGAAAUCACUGAGUGAAACGCGAUGGUCGGCUCGUGUUGACGCUGUAUCGGCUGUUUAUCAUGCAUAUGACACAAUUUUAUUGGUUCUUGAUGAAUUAGCAAAAGAUGAUACAGCCAAAAGUGAAGUCCAAGUAGAAGCAGCAAUCUGGUAUGAUAUUUUGUCUAAAAUUCAUGCGACUAAUUUAACUCUGCAAAAAGCAAAUGUAGAUCUAGGCGUUGUAGUGAGUUUGUUAGAAUCGUUAGAACAGUACAUCGGAGGUCUAAGGGAAAAAUUUGAUAUUUUUUUAGAAUCUGCAAAAGUGUUUGCCUAA